CUUUAUCUGAAGACAACAAUAUCUACAUAGAUGUUCCCAUGGAUUAUGUCCAAUUAAAUACACGAAUUAUUAAAAGAAAAAUCGAUUAGGUGGAGACCUCCAUUUCCAGUCAACAGACCAACUUUGACGUCCAGCUAGGUCAACUGUCUUAUUCACAAGGAUUAGUCUUAUUUGAAUAUUUUAGUACUAACACGCUGUCACAUGGUUGUUAUGCUCUAUAACAAUAAGAAGUACUAAUAAUAAAUGAGCCUUCCAACAAUUAUUCUCCUAUAUAUGAGACCCGCACUUUUGUAACCCAGAAAAAAAAAUUUGAAAUCAAACUAACCCAUUAAAAAAAAAAAAAAAUCAAACUAGGCUUCACGUAUAGAUUCUGAGCGUGAAAGGGCCAAAGUGUACAUUUACAUUUUGUCCCUUUCACGCACAGAUCUACAUUUACAUUUUGUCCCUUUCACGCACAGAAUCUGUGCGUGAACCCUUCCCUAAAACCCCCGACCCAACCUUUAUUCUUUCUCUUCUCUUUCAUUUUCUCCAUCUUCACCCUUUCAACACACUUUUGCACUUCCAAAAACAUGUCUCAAAGUUUUGAAACUUCAAUGUUUGCUAUACAACCCGAUAUUUGCGAAUGCAGUUAUUACUGUAAACUAAAAACAUCAAAGACCCAAGAUAAUCUGGGUCACCGUUUUUGGCGUUGUAAAGUGCCCAAAGAUAUCGGCGGUUGCAAAUACUUUCAGUGGGAAGAUAGCAUUCACGUGGAUAAAACGGUGGCGGCGAAGUUUAAAAAUUCAGUUUUGGAUAGAGACACCGCGACUUCACGUAUCUCUAAAGAUACCGCUAAGUUGGACUCGCAAUUUAAGCUUGUGGAAGCUGAAGAAAAAAUUGAAGGUUUGGAGGUGUUGCUCACCGAUUCCGAAAAAAAAUGAAAUUUGCUGAAGGCUAAAUUUAGAGAGGCUAAACAUGAAAAAAUAGCUUUGAAAGAAAAACUUAAAUUGUGGAAGAUUAUUUGUGCUAUGUUGUUGUUCAUUAUUUAUAUGUAUUUUGUUUAUUAAGUUUAAUAUUUCUAUGAAUUA